GCGUUCGGCGACGCCUAGUUUAUUUUUGCGGUAAAAAAGACCGUGUAAAUUUUCUUUUGUGAGACCCUGUAUUUAGCGACCGCGAAGCGUUGGUCUGGCAACUUCCGCGCACCGGCUUUUGUUUGCUUGUUUCGUUUGCGUCUGUCAUGGCGUCCUCCAUGUGGCCGGCAAAGCGCGGUCCUUAUCACUUCAACUGAACAGAUACUCGCGAAGUUCUCUCGGUGCCGACGUAUCUGGUCCAGGAGUGAAGCUAUGCGGGAAGUGACUCGCAUCGCAAAGCAUGAGCUUCAAACGCGAGCAAGUUCUAAUCGAUUCGAUCGAGUUCAGCGUUGAGGCCACAGGAGACCGCUUCUGGGUUACUCGCCAUUCGGUCACCCUACCUUACGAAGACAUCUCACCGCGUUUUGAGAGAACUCUUUGUCUCGCACCGGUUGCAACCAACUCGGACGUAAACUCCGCCGAGUCUGGCCCAGAGACGCCACUUGCAUGGCCGCUAGUCCGCAACUCUGCCUGGCCGGCGGGAACGCGCUUGGUGGACGAAAGGCUGUUUUGGAGCACCAUCAUCGAACUCUCGAGAUCUCACAACUACAGGAGGCUGUGCUUCCAAGCAGUGCAGAGAAGGUGCCGACGAGAACACUGCCUCGGCGGCCCGUUGCAUUUGUCUUUCCGCAUGCAGCUAGUGCCUUGGAACGCAGUUAUGGAUAAAUCGUGGGACGUAAAACUGGGCUAUCUGGUGGCUGAGCAAGUGGAGUUGGAAAACGCGAUGGCCUGGCUGUCGACACUCGGUGGCGCCUACUCUGCUCUGGGUGAUAACAACGUCAAGUUUGCGGAAGCCGCCAGUCAGGUGUCGGUGCAGCAGCUGAAGCUGGCACUGAGAAUAGGAGAUCCAGCAACCCUGUGCCGUUGCCGUAUCUACAUUGCCAUGAGCCUGCUGCAGAGGGGCUACUUCCGCUCCUGUCGAAGGCUCCUGAGGCCCGCGUCGACGAAGGCCGGCGGCAAAUCCCAAAUACCAGAAUUCCGGAUCGUUGAGUUGCAAGGGGAUCUGGUGACACAUGACAGCAGCUUCCUCGGAAAGUACAUCGGAGAUCUCCACUACACUAAAGCGGGUGUGCCGGUGCUGCUGGUUGGCCACCAUGUCCUGUACGGCAAAGAGCAAAAGGCUGAGAAGCCGUUCUUGGUGAUGAGAAAGGUGAUGCAGGAGUCUGCAAGCAAUGGCACGUCGAAGCACACUGCCAGGGAAUACCAUGUUGAGGGAGUUGUGACUAAGAAGUUGGUGUUCCGUGCAAGGCCAAAGCCCAUCGUGAGCAACCCGCUGGCAAAAGUCUGAGAGGGGAGGAACACUGGCAGCCAUUCCAAGGAUACAAACUUUGAAUACAGCUUGCAUGUCGGGAUGUGCCAUGGAAGUUGAAUGAUUGGCAACUGAGCUCUGUGUGUGGCAAGGAACAACCACCGUUGCGUUUGUUACUAGCCAGGCAAGGCAAAAAGAAUGCUGUGUGGUGCCCUGAGUUUUGAUUGCUUGUAUGUAUAAAUUACUGAGAAAAAGCAAUCAAGUUAUGCUACCAAGUUACUCAUCGAUCAAAGUACCCAUCGGGGGUCAGAGGUUACCCAAUUCUAGAAAUGUUAGUUACCGUGAAAACUAACUUUUUAUUGCCUGUAAAGACAAGAAAAUGCAGAUGCUACUUUAUUUACUACA